UGGCCGGACGGGCCCGCCCGCGCGCCAGAUCGACGGGGGCCCCCGGGCCCGCCAACUCGCCGGCAAGCCAGCCGGGUCCCCGGGCAGACCCGCGUUCGCCAUGGCGAAGGUCGGCCCCGGGAACGUCGAUCUGGCCUCCGGCCACUGUUCGUUGGGGUGUAAACAAUGAUCGAGGGCGAACGGGCGGGCAUUUGCCCAACCGGCUAACGGGCGAACACCCGGGCCCGGCGCCGGUGGCCCCCCGGGCGGGUGUACCAAUAGAACGGUAAAAUUGCGCGCCCAAGCACGCAUCGGAAAUGAGGGCCGCGGCCGCGUGUCGGGCGCCCCCCCCGCCCCCUGGCGAAACAAGCACGCGCCCCCCGGCGGCUGCGCAAGGCCGGGCCCGCAGCCAGGCAGGCGCGCCCGCGCCGGGCCUCCAAAAAGGGCCGCGCCCGUUCGCCCGCCCCCUGGCCGCGGGGUGCCCGGCCGCGCGCCGUCGGCGUGCCAAGGCCGUUUGGACCGCCCAAGCGCACCCCCCCCCUGGGUCCCAUGACCCGCCUGCAGGCCGGCCGGGCGCGCCGUCCGAGGCGCAGAACACGGUCCUGCUCGGCGCGCGUGCAUACCCCACGCGCCUGGCGAAGGCGCCCGGCCGCAUGUGUCGCCGCUGUUGUUGCCGCCACGCCGUUGCCCUGCCCAGCCUGACCCCCCCCCCGCCCCUGUGUUCCGCGAGGCCGGCGAUCUCGGCCGGGCGGCCUCAGCCCCGGGGAGGGCCGGCGGUCCCGCAAGGCGGCCCCCGGCCUGCCAAUGCACAAGCACUUCGGCCUCUGCCAACUCAUUUGCCAAGGCCCGGGGCGCCCCUAAGCGCAGGUCCGUUGCAGUGUCGAGGGGCCACCCGAUCGGGGGGCGGGGGGCCGGGCCUGGUCCCCCCCUCGCCCUGGCCCUUCUGUCGGUUGCUCCUCGCAUCGCGGCGCCAGGCAGCCCAGGUGGGGCGCGCGCCUCCCCCAGGGCCACGGGCCGGCGGACGGGCGGACGGGCAGACACCAGCCCGGGCACGCCGGCCUGGUGCUAGGCGGCCGCGGCGUGGGCGAAACGCGCAGGAGCAAGGCCCAUACAGGGGGAGAUGUAUUUGCCUGCCGGGCUCGCACAGGCAUCUCAAGUGACAGCGGCCAGUGCGGCGGCCAUGGCGCACUUUUGCCGGAAGGAGGCGGCCAGCGGCCGGCUCGGCGGGUUCGAGUCCCACCCCAGCGGCAGCAGAUCGGCCAGCGGCCCGG